AUGGCGCUGGAGCUGAGCCUGGCCUCGGCUUCGCCGCCGGCGGGCGGCGGCUUGGCGCAGCCGCCGCCUCUCGCCCCGCCAGGGAAGGAGCAGCAGGUGGCCGGCGUGGGGGUUCUGCUGCAGAUCUCCAUGCUCGUGCUCUCCUUCGUCCUCGGCCACGUCCUGCGCCGCCACCGCUUCUACUACCUCCCCGAGGCCAGCGCCUCGCUCCUCAUCGGCUUAGUUGUUGGUGGCCUGGCUAAUAUUUCAAAUACAGAGACCAACACAAGGACGUGGUUCAACUUCCAUGAAGAGUUCUUCUUCUUGUUCUUAUUACCUCCGAUAAUAUUAUAUCCUUUUUUGCAAUUAUUUUCUCCCAUCACUUGGAUUUUCUUGAUGAAAAGAAAGAAACCAUUCUUUGCAAACUUUGGGGCUAUCGUAACUUUUGCAAUUCUUGGGACAUUCAUUGCUUCUGUUGUAACAGGAGUUCUUGUCUAUCUUGGUGGGCUGACAUUUCUAAUGUACAAACUUCCACUGGUUGAAUGCCUUAUGUUUGGUGCUCUUAUAUCUGCAACUGAUCCUGUCACAGUGCUAUCAAUAUUCCAGGAACUGGGCUCUGAUGUUAACUUGUAUGCUUUGGUGUUUGGAGAAUCUGUUUUGAAUGAUGCGCCCUUGACCACUCAAUACCUAUUCAAAUAUGCUGGAUUGGACGUUGAUAAUCUGCAGAACUUGGAGUGCUGCCUUUUUGUUCUCUUUCCAUAUUUUUCGUACAUGUUAGCAGAAGGACUCGGCUUGUCAGGGAUUGUUUCUAUAUUAUUCACGGGGAUGGUUAUGAAGCAUUACACAUAUUCCAAUCUGUCAGACAACUCACAGCGCUUUGUUUCCGCCUUUUUCCAUUUACUGUCAUCUUUAGCUGAAACAUUUGUGUUCAUUUAUAUGGGAUUCGAUAUUGCCAUGGAAGAGCAUAGCUGGUCACAUGUUGGCUUCAUCUUCUUCUCAAUUAUAUUCAUAGUUGUUGCAAGGGCUGCGAAUGUCUUUUCUUGUGCAUACUUGGUUAACAUGUCUCGGCCACAACAUCGGCGUAUACCUCUAAAGCAUCAAAAAGCACUCUGGUUCAGCGGUCUUAGAGGGGCCAUGGCUUUUGCACUUGCUCUCCAAUCUGUGCAUGAACUUCCUGAAGGACAUGGAAAAACGAUAUUCACCACUACCACAGCCAUUGUUGUUUUGACGGUACUUCUCAUUGGAGGGUCGACAGGAACUAUGCUUGAAGCUUUGGAUGUUGUUGGAGAUGAAAACACAUCAAUAGAAAAUUACGAGGACAACAAUGGUUAUAUGCCUCCAAGUUGUGAAGAAGGUACAUCAUCUGGGGGAGGAUUGAGAAUGAAACUCAAACAGUUCCACAAAAGCACGACAUCAUUCACUGCCCUUGACAAGAAUUAUCUCACUCCAUUUUUCACGAGUCAAACAGAUGACGACGAUGACGACUUCAGUCAGCAACCCCAAAACCGAAGGAUAGCGUUUUAUGAUCAAUAG